AUGGCUCGUACUAAGCAAACCGCUCGUAAAUCCACAGGAGGAAAAGCUCCAAGAAAGCAACUUGCCACCAAAGCUGCUCGUAAAUCUGCACCAGCUACUGGAGGAGUUAAGAAACCCCACAGAUACCGUCCAGGAACAGUUGCCCUUCGUGAAAUCAGAAAAUACCAAAAAUCUACUGAACUUUUAAUCCGUAAAUUACCAUUCCAACGUUUAGUUCGUGAGAUUGCUCAAGAUUUCAAAACUGAUCUUCGUUUCCAAUCUUCUGCUGUAAUGGCACUUCAAGAAUCUGCUGAAGCUUACCUUGUCGGACUUUUUGAAGACACUAACCUUUGCGCCAUCCACGCCAAACGUGUUACCAUUAUGCCAAAAGAUAUUCAAUUGGCCAGAAGAAUCCGUGGAGAACGUGCUUAA